AUGUCCACAAUAACCGAAGUCACAUCGCCCGAGCAGUGGCAGCAGCUGCUCGGCUCCGUGCCCGCCUCAACCCUCGUCGUCACCUCCUUCCACGCCCCCUGGGCCGCACCCUGCGCACAAAUGGCCACUAUCCUGUCGACCCUGGCGGCCGAGUACCCCGUCUCCGAACCCCUCGCGACCAAGUGGGCGUCCAUCAACGCCGAGGAGCUCAGCGACAUUAGCGAAGAAUACGACGUCACGGCCGUGCCGUUCCUGGUGCUACUGCGCGGCGGCAAGGUUGUCGAGACGGUCAGCGGUAGCAACGCUGUCAAGGUCCGCGCGGCGAUUGAGAAGCAUGCGGCUGGCGAUGCGGCGGCGGCGCCUAAGGCGGCAGAGGCCGAGGCGGAAAAGGCCGACGUGGACCCCGCCGUGGCCAAGGAGGAGCUCUUUAAGAGAUUGGGCGAUCUCGUCAAGGCGGCGCCUGUCAUGCUGUUUAUGAAGGGUACCCCGAGCUCCCCUCAGUGCGGCUUCUCUAGGCAACUGGUCGCUAUAUUGCGCGAGAACUCGGUCAAGUAUGGCUUCUUCAACAUCUUGGCGGACGAUGAGGUCCGUCAGGGCUUGAAGGAGUAUGCGGAGUGGCCGACGUUCCCGCAGCUCUGGGUGGAUGGCGAGCUAGUUGGUGGACUCGAUAUUGUCAAGGAGGAGCUUGGCAACGAUGCCGACUUCUUGAAGGCGUAUAGCGUUAGCGCUGCGGCCGAUGCUGCUGCUUGA